AGGAAGAGGAAGAAGAGGAGGGGAGAAGAAGAAGAGCCGCAGGAAGAGAGACUCAGGCUGAGAAGUGGCAGAUGCAGCCAUAGAUGAAAAGUUUUCUCCUGGUUGUCAACACACAGACACCUACACACACUAACACACACACAAACACACACACACACCUCAUCAUGGGCCAGCUGUUCUCCUCAGAUGAAGAGUGUUCUCAGGUGAAGGACGCCCUCGGCUCCCUCCUCUUCAGCGCCAUGUUGGAGGGCGGAGCUGUGCCCGACCUGGGAGUGGUGCACCCGCUCCUCUUGGCCAAUCAGCACGAGAGGUUCGACCCCCAGGACCGCCUCCAGCAGCAACUGAGAGAGCUGCAGGGCAACAUUGGGAGCCGGGCCCCCGUCUACCUGAGGGAUCUGAUUGGCAGAUUGACGACCUUCUCCGAUGAGCCGCGCCUGGCUGGGUUGGUGGGACUGGUGGUCACCAUGGUGAUGGAUAUGGCCUACACGUCAUCGAGACGGGCGUCGGGGGGGAAAGGGAAGUCAGCCGGGUCGGGCCAGAGGGUGGAGGAGCUGCAGGAGGUGAUGGAGGAGUACCUGAAGCGCUGCAGGAUCAACCUGAGCGACAGAGACAAGCUGAUCCAGGACGCCGUCCGCCUGGAGGGGCAGCUCAGCCUCAGCCUCACCCAGCUGAAGACCUGCCUGCUGGGGGGGGACUGUGACUCCAGGUCCCUGAGGCACUGGGCCAGUGCAGCAGCGUUCCACACCCAGAUGCUGGUUCACCUGGCCGGACUGGAAGGUGGGGGGGCGCCCCGGGCGGCGAGGGCGGCGCUGGAGCAGUACAAGGAGGACCUCACCCAGAUCAUACCUGCUUACAGGAGGUAUAAGUCCAACACAGUGAGUGUGGUGAAAUGUCGGGGGGGGCUGUCCGCGUCAUGUGACCCCUCCAGUGAGAUGCCAGAGGAGGGAUCCAUGACGGGCCUCACUGUGACGGACAGAGAGACGGGGAGGAGCGUGACGCUGCCUCUGUCCACCUUGGAGACAGAAGCAGGGAGAAGAAGGAGACCUGACGGUUCCUCUGUGACCUCCUCCAUGAACCUGGACCUGAUCACCUCAGAUCAAUACGCCCAGGCCUAUCUGGAGCGUCUGUUCUCUGAUGAGGGACCUGUGGCCGAGCUGCAGAGCUACUUCAACACAACCAGUGAACAUCUGCUAACAUCUCCUACAGAGCCGGCAGAGGGAGGACACGGAGAGCAGCGAGUGGACAGAGCCAGAGGUGAUAAACAAGAUGAGACUGAGAGGAGAGGAAGAGGAGAGAAGAUGAAGGAACUCGAUCAAACAGAUGAAAGUUUGCAACUGAGCAUCAGAGAGACGCAGCCGGAGGAAAGUCUCAGUCAGGGAGCGUCAAGCACAUAGAAGCAAUGGACACCGGCCAGCAGCCAUAUUACAAGAUGUCCGCUCGGCACUGAAGAGGAACUCAGAAACCUUUCAUCACUGGUGAAGCACAGGACUGAGGAAGAUGUAGAGGGGCUGAACGUGAGGCUGAGCGGAGGUGAGGAGCAGCUCGACUGCAAGAUGAUCAGCUCUGUCCACAUAUGAACCCAAACAACUGAAUAUUUAAUAAAUCAGUAUAUCUGGUAAAUCUUUAGAAGAUUUAAUAAUAAAAGUAUUUAUUUGUAAUGAA